AUGGUACAGGAUAUUUUGAUGUUGAAUUUCAUAGAUAUGAAUUUAAAACACUCCAUGAAAUUGAACUUAGUGAAGGAAGAACGAAAAUUGAUCUUUGUGAAGAUGAAACCGAAAUGGAGCUCUGUAAAGAUGAUGAAGAAGUUGAGAUUUGAAUUUCGUAAAGGAAGAACGACAGUAAAAUUUUGUGAAGAUGAAAUCGAAUAG